GUGUUUUGCACUUUAAUAAGCACAGACACUAGAUCAUGUUGUGAUUUGACAGCUCUGUUUCUGAUUUAUUCAUCAGUCCAUCAAAUCAUGUGUUUUGUGACAUCUGCACUGUAGGCCACUGUAAAUCCAUUGUCCUGACUGGAUUCUGGGAUUAACCCAGCAGCAUCACAGAAAUCAUAAGGCUUUAAUUUUAAAUUCUAAUUCUAAAUGGACAAUAACUGUUUCUGCACUGUGGGAUGUUGUUCUCAAAUAUAGGUAAACAUGUUCGAUUUGUAGCUGUUUUUGCAGUCGCUUUCCGACCACCGUUUUUGCUUACUUUGUCCUCGAGGACAAAUACGCAUACAUCUUUUCUAUAUCCAAAGUAUUCCCAUAUUGCCAUUUUUAACUUGUAUUUUGAAGUGGGAUAGAGAGUAGAGAUAACGGCCUUUGUCUGAUGCUGUCUCCGCUGUAGGUUUGGGUGGAGGAAGAGAACAGUUAAGUGGAAAAUUGUUGCUUAGGCGCAGGAGUGAUUCUGCAUCUUUAUUUCCUCCCAAUACUGUAGAUAAGCAAAUGUCUACGAUAUGAUAAGCAUACGUCAUACCAGUUUAUUGUACAACCCUAGUGGCGCAAUACUUUUUUUAGUGCUAUAUGAGAGGUAAAAAGAGAAGUAACUGGAAACACAGUUAAAACAGCUCAGAUACGGGAAGAGAAACUUACACAAUGCUCACAUACGAACAGAAAGAAAUGUUCUUCUUUUUCAUCUGGUUUUGGCUUAUUUUGGGUGUUGAACGCUGCAGCAGUGUGUCAUAUAAUAGAUUAACUGUUAAGACUGGAGGAUCUGUCACCAUCCCAUGUUAUUAUGACGGGAAAUACACACAUCAGAAGAAAUACUGGCAUUCAGAAAAUAAUAAGUCCAGUACAUACACAAACACAACAGAGGAGAAUCUGUCAGUAAUUGAUCAUCCUGAUCAGAGUCUCUUUACUGUGACUAUAAGAAACCUGCAGAGCACAAAACAUGAUGGAGGCUAUUAUUGUGCUCUGAAGAUUGAAGGAAAACCGACUCUCAUAUAUGAUAUUUAUCUCCAGGUUCAAUCUGCUCCUGAUGUGUCUGUGAUGAGCAGCAGUGUAUCUGGACAUGAAGGUGGUCAUAUCAGUGUUCAGUGUUUCUACACGUUAUUAAGAUAUAAGAAUAAUGUCAAACAGUGGUGCAGAUAUAAAGAUCAGAGAUGUUACACAGUGGGGAGGACUAACACAUCCCAGAAUUCCUCAGUCCAGAUCAGUGAUGAUGGGAGAAGAUCCUUCACUGUGCUGAUGACUGGACUGAGACUCACUGAUUCUGGCUGGUACUACUGCUCUGUAGGAGAGGCACUGAAUCCUGUUCAACUCACUGUAAUCAAGACCGAACCAGACAAAGAGAAAGACAUAUAUAAUGAACUCCUGACUGUGUGGCUUCCAGUUUCAUCUGUACUUCUGCUGUCAGUGAUUCUGAUCAGUGUUUUCAUCUGGACAUGGAGACGGAGACACAAACAAGACAAACAGCAAAAAAGAGAGAUAAACAGCAGCAGAACCACUGACAUGAUCUACUCUAAACCUGAAGAUCCUCCGAUAUACAACGAUAUAAACGAUGAAAACCCAAAUGAUCCCAACAAGGACAUAAUCUACUACAGCACUAUUGAUUUUGUUCCUGGGAGUGAAGCAGUGAAGCCUCCAGAAGGAGCGAUAUACAGCAUAAUAUACAGCACUGUGGAUCCACACUGACUUCAACAGUGAGAAGAACUCAGGAACACACCUUCUGACCAAAAGAAACCAAAUCAGCAGCAGAGGACCAUCAUCACAACUUUAUUGUAGUUUUUUGUAUUAUAUCCCUACUUAAUUUCUUCACCAAAAGUCUAUUUGUACAGUUUCAUGUUGUUUGCAUUAAUACAAACAGGCAUAUGCAUAUUUAAAAUGAAAUAAAAGUAUUUUGCAGUU